UGCACAUACACCUUGCUCUCUUCCAUCUCUAUUAUGCAACUUGAAACUCCCUUUUGCAUGCACAAUGUCCGUAAAUUCGCUUUAGAUGGCUUGCAUUUAACUAGACCAAUACCACGCAAAAGAACAUACCUCAAGUUCAGCUCCCGAAGCUUCCAAGAAGAUGACCAAGGGAAGUCAGAUGAUAUUGUGGGUGCAAGCAUGAGCAUCCUAAGGGAGAGAAUAGAGGAAGUGAAGAAGAAGGAGAAAGGGUGGAACAAUCGCUCUAAUUUAUAUCAUGGGCACAAUCACAAAAGAGCUAACAUGAUGCAUGACUCCCUUGAGAUUGUAGGUUUUGCUGUAUGUACACUCGGGCCUGUUUUUCUCAGUGGUUCCAUCUGUAUCUUCCUUGUUUUCUUUCUUGUUCAUCACAUGAAUUAAUUGAAGUACUAAUUCAAAAAAGUGGGGUUUGUGCAAGACGGAAUUAGGGAAAUUCAUUAAAUUUCAAUAUCAUAGUUUAUUUAUACAUCGAUCUUCCUUAAUCUUCGUUUCCUCUUGUCAAUUGUUAAUUUUUUAAGAAUAUAAAUCCGUAAAAUUAAG